ACGAUAAAAGAUUGAGAAUUGUUUGUCUUAUCGGGUAUCAUCCCACCUCUGAUUGAAAAAAAUCGAAAUGUUAAAAGUUGUGCCGGCUUUGCGUAAUAUUGCUUGAGUGGUAACAAUAGACAGGCAGCAAAAGCUAUAACCUAGGCUACUUCGUGCAUAUGUCUUAUAUUGUACAACUGUUAGGGGUCUGAACAUUAUUGUGCAAACAUAGCCUAAUUUAAAUAAUUGAGAUUGUAUUCAUUGAGUGGUCAGUUAGGGUCCCUCAUAAACUUGACUGCCUUCGUUUAUUUCAAUCACGCAAGACCUCUAAUGGCGUUGUCCGGGGGAGGGUAUUGCGUAUAUCUGUCUUUCUAUCUAUACAAGCUUUUGUGAAAAUCGCGGCUGGUUGUUGUUUGUCCUGACUGUAGAGCCACCAAGGUGUUACAGACUAUAAACACGCGGAGAUUGCAAAGGGUUAUUAGAUUGAUAAGUCACCGAAGUGGUGGGCGAUCUACUGAGCACAGCAGAAGUUCUCAUAUGAUGACUUCAAACAAGACACAUUACCUACCAGCAUCUGUUGGAGUGAGUGGAUAUUAAGACACUUCUAUCUCCAGGACAGCGUUGAGGAAAAUGCACGUUGGACAGAGGCACCGGAGUCGUUGCAUGGACUAAAACACCAGGUGGACAUCAACUCUCUUUUGCUGUUCCCUUACCAAAGCUGGGGAAUUUUUUUCAACUUUUGUUCCACCAGGUUAGAAGAGUGAUGACCAUCCUGUUCCUUACUAUGGUUAUUUCAUACUUCAGUUGCAUGAGAGCUGCUCCCAUGAGAGACACCCCAGGUAUGCGGGGCCACCGAACGGAAGGCUACUUGGGUGCUGCAGUGACAGCCGGCCGGGGCCACGGGACUCCACAGAGCAGGGGUGGGCCGGGCCAGCAUGGGGGACUGCCCUCGCUCACAGACACGUUUGAGCAGGUGAUUGAGGAGCUCUUGGAGGUGGAUGGAGAAGCAGCUCAGCUGGGGCCUGGGGCUGACAAGGGCCAGGGAGGAGGGGGUCCUUCCUCUGUGGUCACCACGGAGACCAAGGAUGUCGACCUGUAUGCAUCGCGGGUGAUGAUCAGCAACCAAGUGCCUUUAGAGCCACCGCUGCUUUUUCUCCUGGAGGAAUACAAAAACUACCUGGACGCCGCUAACAUGUCCAUGAGGGUACGGCGGCAUUCUGACCCAUCGCGGCGUGGCGAGCUGAGUGUGUGUGAUAGUAUUAGCCAGUGGGUGACAGCUGUGGACAAAAAGACAGCCAUAGACAUGUCUGGGCAGACCGUUACCGUCCUGGAAAAGGUCCCUGUCCCCAAUGGCCAACUGAAGCAAUACUUUUAUGAGACCAAAUGUAACCCUAUGGGGUACACAAAGGAGGGCUGCCGUGGAAUAGACAAGAGGCAUUAUAACUCCCAAUGCAGGACAACCCAGUCCUACGUGCGAGCGCUCACCAUGGAUAGCAAAAAGAAGAUUGGCUGGCGGUUUAUAAGGAUAGACACAUCAUGUGUAUGCACAUUGACCAUUAAAAGAGGAAGAUAGUGUAUAUAAUGUAUAGAUUUUAUUGAGAGUUUAAAAAAAGAGAGUAAAGAGAAAAUAUCUAUUUGUAUAUAUACAUAACAGGGUAAAUUAUUCCGUCAAAUGAAAAUUUUAUGGACUGCAUGUAAAAAAAGAUGAAGUUUAUACAGUAAAAGUGAUACUACAGUCUAUUUAUUGAACAUAUUCAUGACCUUGUAAACAAUUAAAAAAAGAUCUGAUCAGU